UUUCUCUACAUUCCGUCAGUGCCUUUUGGAUCUUUACACUUUUCUAGUUCAAUCGCUGGCAUUGUCCCCUCCCAUCAAAGAAAGGUCAGGAGAGAAUUACAAACGCAAAGUGAAGCUCGUAAUUUCUUUCAGCUGGCUUUUUGCUAAUUUUUGAAGGGAAAAAGUUUUGUAGAUUGCAUUUGGGUAUUAGGUUAUUUCAAAAGACUAUUAUACAGAUGGGUCAACUUGGCGAGAACAACGGUGUUGCGACGCCUCCGCACAGCGACACUGGCAGCAACCAUGACGACAUGGAUGACAGCAGUCGUCAGGCGGCGGCGCCUGUUCCGGCAACAGCCCCCCACCUGCCAACAACACUUGAUGACAGCAAGGGUCUUGUAGAAGAGGAGUUCAUGAGGGCGAACCUGCCGCCGCUGGGCAAGUACGAGGCGGAGGGCUGGGGGGCGUUCCACUGGGAAAUUGACAACUGGACUGCGCUUGGCGACAAGGUGACCAGCGGCGAGUUCACAGUGGCAGGACACAAGUGGGACAUCCUGCUGUUUCCGCGCGGCAACCAGGCUGAGGACAUGGUGUCGCUGUAUGUCGAGUACAAGGCAGCGGAGGGCAUGGCGGAUGACUGGCAUGCCUGUGCCAACUUCUGCCUGGCGAUGUCAAACACCAGCGACCCGUCAGUGUUCACGCACAACGUUGCGCAGCACCGGUUCACCGCGGACGAGUCUGACUGGGGAUUCACGCGGUUCAUGGGCCUGCGGCAGCUGAUGACGCCGACGGAUGCGGACACCCCAGCGCUGCUGGAGAACAACCGCGUGCGUAUCAGCGCAUAUGUGCGGGUGAUUAAGGAUACGACAGGGGUGCUGUGGCACAACUUCCACAACUACGACUCGCGCAAGCAGACUGGGUUCGUGGGGCUGCGCAACCAGGGAGCGACAUGCUACAUGAACUCGCUGCUGCAGUCGCUGUACUUUACCAACGAGUUCCGCAGCGCGGUGUACCAGAUCCCCACGGAGAACGACGACCCGAAAAAGUCAGUAGCGCUGGCGCUGCAGCGCGUGUUCUACAACCUGGAACACAGCAGCGAGGCGUCGUUCAUGCAGCAUGACGUGCAAGAGUUCAACCGCGUGCUGCAGGACAACCUGGAGACAAAGAUGAAGGGCACGGCGGCAGACGGGGCGAUUGCACGGCUGUUUGAGGGCAAGAUGAAGAGCUUCAUCCGGUGCGUGGACGUGGACUACGAGUCGUCGCGCGUCGAGAACUAUUACGACAUCUCUCUGAAUGUCAAGGGCUGCGCAACGCUGCGCGACUCGUUUGCAAACUACUGCGAGGUGGAGAUGCUGGAGGGCGAGAACCGGUACCAGGCCGAGGGCCAUGGGCUGCAGGACGCCAAGAAGGGAGUGAUUUUCGAGAGCUUCCCGCCGGUGCUGCAGCUGCAGCUCAAGCGGUUCGAGUACGACUUUAUGCAUGACGCAAUGGUCAAAAUCAACGACCGGCACGAGUUCCCGCCGACCAUCGACCUGGAGGAGUUCCUGUCGGAUGACGCGGACCGCAGCAUGCCGUGGCGGUAUGCUCUGCACGGCGUGCUGGUUCAUAGUGGCGACCUGCAUGGCGGGCAUUACUUUGGGCUGCUGCGCCCAAAGGCUGAGGACAAGUGGUUCCGGUUCGACGAUGAUCGCGUGAUUCCAAUCACCAGGGAUGAGGUGUUUGAUGACUACUUUGGCGGCGAGAUCGUACCUACGGUGCCGGGGCCGGGCAUGCGGCGCGCCCAGGCCAAGCGGUUCACCAAUGCAUACAUGCUGGUGUAUAUCCGCGAGGCUCUGCGUGACCAGGUGCUGGCGAGCGGCGACAUCCAGCCGCCGGCACAUCUGCUGCGACGCAUCGCCGAGGCUAAGGCUGAGGCUGAGCGGCGGCGGCGUGAGAAGGAGGAGCUGCUGCACACGCUGCCUGUCAGCGUGGUGAACGACAGCCACGUGGCGCGGCACCAGGGCUUCGACCUCAGCUACUUUGACGAGCGGCAGCCGGCUGACAACGCGAUCUUCAGCGAGCGCAUGCGCAAAAACAUGCUGCUGUCGGAGUUCAAGGCGCUGUAUGCGGCACGGCUGGGCUGCUCGCCCGACGACUUCCGACUCUGGCUGAUGGUGGGUCGUGUGAACAAGACCGUGCGCUGCGACGUGCCGCUGGUCACCUCGGCGCCGGGUCUGACGCUGGCUCAGGUCAAGGACACCCGCUCGAGCAAGUGGCCCAGCCUGCGUCUGUACUGCGAGAUGCGCACCCCCGACUCGCCGCCCGGUUUCCUGACCGAGCCGCCUCCUGCCGGCAUGUGCCUGCUGCACGCCAAGUUCUACGACCCUGCUACGGCUCGGAUCUCUGGCGUCGGCCACCUGUACGUGCAGAGCAGCGAUAAGAUGGCCGGGCUGCCUGCGGACACGCCGCUGCAGCUGUUUGAAGAGAUCAAGCCCACGCUGAUCGAGCCCAUGAAUACAGCCUUGACGUUCAGCAGCGCCGAGAUCCAGACCGGCGACAUCAUCUGCUUCCAGGUCGAUGGUCCGGCGGACGAUUCAUACACGCUGCCUGAUGUCGUCAAGUUCUUCGAGGACGUGCACCACCGCGUGCGUGACGCCGACGAGUUUGGAGCCGACAGUGCCAGCGACGAUGCUGCUGGUGCUGCCACCGAGGCCGCGCCUGUCACGCUGGCGCUGAGCACCAGGACGCCGUAUGCUGCUGUGGCCGCGCGGGUGGCAGCGGAGCUUGGCGCCCGUGAUCCGAACAAGCUGCGGUUCCACAAGGUCAGCCCAGUCAGCCAGCUGCGCGUACCGGUAGAGCCCACGCCGACAUCGACGCUCAGUGACAUGCUGCCGCCGUCGUACUACACGCAGAACAACAGCGUCGUCGACGGGCUGCGCGAGUCACAGCUGGAGAAGCUCGGCUCCAUGCGCUCGGUGCGCGUCACAUACGUCGGCAAGCGCAUGAAGGAGGAGCAUGUGCUGGAGGUCCUGGUGCCCAAGGCGGCGCCGUCGCAGGCCCUGGUUGAGGCCACCUAUGACAAGGUCGAGGCUGCCCUGCGCGCUGCCGACAAGCAGCACGCGCCCAAGCCCCUACAGCUCAACUUCUACGAGGUCACUGCCCACCGCAUCGUCAGACAGCUCGACGGCUCGGAGCCCAUGGAUCAGGUGGCCCGCCCAGCCGUCAGCGAGGCUACGGCCAAGAUGGACAUCGACGACCAGGCUGCUACCUCUGUCGAGGUAUUCCAUUUCACCAAGGACCUGGUGCGCACCCACAGCGUGCCGUUCCUGUUCUCGCUCAUUCCUGGAGAGCCCUGGAAGGACACGUGGGUGAGACUCUCGGCCAAGCUCAGUCUGGGCGAGAAGGAGCUCAAGAACAUGGGCGUCGUCUACGGCCCGCCUGGCACCCAGGAUCUGGCUGCCUGCAGGUGGCUGCAGGGAGUCCGUGCCACCGACAGCGUUAUGUCGCCAGCCAGCACCGGCCAGCACACGCCCGACAGCACCCCACCGCCGCUGCAGCAGCCGCAGGCCGACGAGGCCGACGACAGUCUGUGCCUGUACGAUGUGGCCACGCGUGGGGAGGGCCCGGCUCCCCUCGGCUUCAUUGCCCUGGACCACAUCGACCGUGUGGCCGCUCCAUUCCCUCGCUCGGUUGCUGGCGUUGGCAUCGGUGCCGUCUAUUUCUACUCGGCCCAGCGCAUCCAGAAGAACCAGGACCACGGCCAUGAUCUCGCCCUCGCCGCCUCCUCGCUGCUCCUGUUUGCCAUGGGGCCCAAGGCUCUGCGCACACGCGCCCCUGUUCCCACUGUUAUGUCGGUGCUGGGCUCGGCGUCGGCUGCCUACUACUCAAAGAAGGCCUACGAGGACCGCUAUGGCGUCUAGUCGGAUUAGAGUGAAUAAAUAGUGUGACUUUUUUU